GGAGAAUGAUUUUGAAUUUCAACUUUCCACUUUAGAAUAAUUCUGCUCAAAUAACGUGACAGGGAGAUAAGAUACGACGCAGACAAGGAGGCUUCGCUUCGGAACGUAUUUGUUGUUGUGGAACAGUCCAAUUCUGACAUCGAAACCAUCACCACCUUCAUCGCAUCGCUCACGUUUGGUGGAUUACAAGCUCGCCCGUUUCGAUUCGUUUGUUUACUCGUUGUUUUGCUUGACUAUUGUAGAGGUUGCAGCCUUGAUGACUGUGGGCUUUAAACUUUUCAAUAAAUAACAGCCGAAUGGAACUUGGAAGACCUGCCUCAAGUAGAAGAAAAUUGAAAGAUUUAUUGCUUAAAAAAGAUAAUCGUAAUUGUGCUGAUUGUAAUGCUCCAGAUCCUAAAUGGGCGUCUGCCAACAUUGGAGUUUUUGUAUGCUUAAAAUGUUGUGGAGUGCACAGAAGCCUCGGUACUCAUAUAUCAAAGGUAUUGUCUGUGACAUUGGAUGACUGGUCAGAAGAUGAAAUAGAUGCAAUGAUGGAGGUUGGGGGAAAUGCUUCUGCUAAUUCAAUAUACGAAGCUUAUAUUCCUGAUGGAGUUACAAAACCCGGACCAGAUGCUGGUCAUGAGCAGCGUUCAAACUUUAUAAGGUCAAAGUAUGAAUUUCAAGAAUUUCUGAAACCGAGUUUGCGCAUUAUAUCUGGAAAAAGCAGUCUAGAAUCAAGUUCUACAAAGAGUGCUAUUGAUAGUUUUAGAAGUACUAGUGGUACAGAGAGACAGGAAGGUAUGGUAGAAUUUAUUGGACUGUUGAAGGUGAAAGUAAUUAAAGGCACAGAUUUGGCUAUCAGGGACAUAAAGUCAAGUGAUCCGUAUGUCAUUUUGAGCCUUGGCCAGCAGACUGUCCAGACAUCUGUAGUGAGUAGUAACCUGAAUCCAGUCUGGAAUGAGGAAUACAUGCUGUCUGUUCCAGAGCAUUAUGGGCAGAUGAAAUUGAAAGUAUUUGAUCAUGACACAUUUUCCUCUGAUGAUAUUAUGGGAGAAGCAGACAUUGAUCUUCAGUCUCUGAUAACAUCUGCUAUGGCAUUUGGAGAUGCUGGAAUGUUUGGCGAUAUGCAGAUAGGAAAAUGGUUAAAAUCCGAUGACAAUGCACUUAUUGAGGAUAGCACAGUCAAUAUUAUUGAUGGUAAGGUUAAACAAAUGAUGUCACUAAAGCUCCAGAAUGUUGAAUCUGGAGAAUUAGAUCUUGAACUCGAGUGGAUUCCUCUUGAUCAAUAGGGACUUGAUUGCUGUUAGCCUAUGUAUUCUCUUGAAGAAAUGUCUGUAAUUUUUUCUUUUCACCUUUUGAUCCAUCAUCCUAUAGGAACAAAUAAAUCUGUAAUUUUCCUAUUUAGUUUGUCUCUUAAAUCAUUUGUCCAAAUAAUUAGUAUUUUUUCUUCACAAAAAAAAAAAGAAAAGAAAAGAGAGAACCCCUUUUUAUUUAAGGGAGAUGGAGUGGGACAGAAAACAUACACUUUUUCUAACGUGUAAUGUUGUUUACCUUU